AUGUGUUCAGAAACCGCGCCUCGGUUCUCCUUCUCCAGAGAUCCCGCCGACGAUAGUGAAUCCCCAACGGCGGAGCAGCAACAGUGGAGGAGGGAUGCCAACCUCCUCGAUCAUUAUUCCAACCCCACCACCGCCACUCUUACUCCCACCGCCGAUCAGCCGUUUGAGUUCAGCGUCUCCAGCAACUCCGGCGAUCAAUACUCAUCCUCCUCCGCCGACGAGCUCUUCGCCGACGGCAUCAUCCUCCCCUUCCACCGCCGUCACCCCACCUCCUCCGCCACCACUUUCAACUGCUCUGCCGCCCACCGCCGGGCACAGAGCUUCGACCAUCCGAAGCUUCCGCCUUUAGCUCCUUUGCCUCCUCCGUCAAAGAAACCGGCUGCUCCGGCUCCGGAAUCUGAAGAUCAAUCGAGGGCGUCUUCCGAUCACAAUCAACAUCAAAACCAGCUGCAACCUUCAUCGUCGUCGAAAUCGUUCUGGGGAUUCAAGAGGAGCAGCAGCCUAAACUGCGACCUCAAGAAAACCCUAAUUUGCUCCCUGCCCCCGCUUCUGGCCCGGAGCAAUUCGACCGGUUCGGUCCCUCCAAUUCCCAAAAAAUCAAUUCAGAAACCUGAUUUCCAUCCUACCCACAAGCCAAUUAUUUCCCACAAGCAACCGUCUUCAUCAAAUAGUAGUAGUGGGUAUGUGUAUUCAUUCCCGCAGAAGCCUCCCCUGAAGAGGAACCCGUACGGAUCAUCAUCUUCUUCUUCUUCUCACCAUUAUCCCAACGGUACAGCCCGAAUAAGCCCUGUUCUCAACGUCCCGAUCUCAAAAGGAACCGCUAAUCUGUUCGGAUUCGGCACCAUGUUGAUGGGCAAAGAGAAGAAGACCAGAAAGUGA